AUGGCCGAGAAAUUUCACGGAUAUGCUGCUUUCGAUAAAGAAAGUAUCUUAAAACCUUAUUCAUACAUUCCCAAGCCAUUAGACGAUGAAGACAUUGAAGUAGAAAUUUCACAUUGCGGCAUAUGCGGUAGUGAUUUGCAUACGAUAAGAUCUGGCUGGUAUCCAACUAUGUAUCCAGCCAUCGUCGGUCAUGAAAUUGUCGGUAAAGUCUCAAGGAAAGGUUCUAAAGUGGACAAUUUUAAUGUUGGAGAUCGUGUCGGUAUCGGUUGUCAAGUCUAUUCAUGCGGAGAAUGUGAUGAGUGUACCACAGGUUAUAAUCAAUUGUGUGCUAAGUUGGUAUUCACCUACAAUGAUAUGUGGAAAGAUGCUGAAGGUGCUCCUACUGAAUAUCAAGCUCAUGGUGGUUACGCUGACAAAAUUCGUGCACAUUCAGGAUCUGUAUUUCAUAUUCCUAAAGAAAUUAGUUCCGCUGAAGCCUGUCCAUUGCUUUGUGCAGGCGUGACUACUUUCAUUCCAUUAAAACAUCACAAUGUUGGUCCUGGAACUAAAGUUGCUGUCGAAGGCAUUGGUGGUUUAGGUCAUUUAGCAAUUCAAUGGGCUGCCAAGAUGGGUGCUGAAGUUACCGCUAUCUCUCGUAGGCAUGCAGUCAAACUUGGUGCCACCCAUUUUUUGAAUGUUAUGGACGAGAAUGAUAUUAAAAAAUUCACUCGUUCACAGGAUAUAAUAAUUUCAACUUCUAGUAACCCAAAUACAGAUUGGUCCAAAUAUAUGAACUUAAUUAAGAACCAUGGAACUCUCGUUUUGCUCGGUCUUCCAGAAAUUCCACUUCAGAUUCCUGCUUUCGCUUUUAUGAGAUUUGUAAAAGUCGAAGGUUCAUUUAUUGGCGGAAGUCAAGAUAUUAAGGAUAUGCUUGAAUUCGCUGUAAAGCAUAACGUUAGGCCCUGGAUUCAAAAAGUCCCUAUGAAAGAAGUUAAUGAAGGAAUCAAGAUUGUGCAAAAUGGAAAGGUUAGAUAUAGAGUAGUGUUGGAAAAUUAA